CGCAUCGUCACCUCGCCUUCGCGCCUCUUUCCUCACUUGAGUGCGCCCUUUCGCGCCUGCCUCGUCGCUCGCAUCGUGUAUCAUCAUCGACAAUGUACAACAACUACCAGCAGCAACAGCAGCAGCAGCCACCGCCUCCUUCAGCGCCGCCUGGUCUCAGCGGCCGAAUAGCCGGCGCGCGUCCCCCGCCUCGACCCUCAUCAGCAGCCAUCGCCAUCGUCCGCCCAGACUCGCAGCAGGCAGCCUCGCCCAAGUCGUCAACACCUCAACUCUCGGGCGCAGCCAACAAUGGCCUGUCGAGAGCAGCAGCGGGCGCCGCAGUCUUUGUACCCAAGUCAUCGAGUAGAGGAGGGACGCCUACGCCUGCGCCCAAGGAAUUGAGACCUCCGCCCGUCUUUACACCUGCUGCACAGACACCCACGCAGCAGACGCAAAGCUUCGAUGUUCACGAGAUGUAUGACGCAGCCUCCGCUGCCGGAGCCCAACCGUACGCAGCAUACAAUCCCUACUCCCACAUGGAACAACAGGGAGGCUACGACGAUCCUUCUGCCCCCUCAACCUCCUCUUCCUCGUCGGUCCGCCAACGGCAGCCCCUCCAAUACCACCUCUCCGCGCCUCCACUCCCGCACACGUCCAAUCUCCACCCUCACCAUCUCGCCCAAUCCGCCUACUUCAUGAGCCCGACGCUGCGCGAAGACCUUUUCAGACGGAACGAAGCUAUCCAUGCUUCUGCUCCGCCGCCACACGAACUGGGUGGUCAGACUACGAGGCCACCGCAGCCAGAGGAGGUGCACGUCUACAAGGACCUCACGCCGCUCGAGCCUGAUUCGAGUGGCCCUUUACCAUAUGGCGCGAGGGGCAAUCCAAUCACCAUCGGCGGGGUGGCUACGCAGCUGCUUCCUCGACACUUGCUCCCGACAGGGUCGAAUGGCAUCAUUGGUGGGCUGGGAAUGGGAUCCCUCUCCUCGCUGCCCAUCUCUUCGUCUGGCGGACCCCUCGCUCCCUCUGCUGCUCUCGGUGGUUACCCGACGGAAGUGCAUCGCGCUACUUGUACGCUGGAUGGCAAAGCCUACGUGCUGCGCAGGAUUGUCGGAUUCAACUUGUCACGCGACAAGGAGAGGGCACUCGAGACGGUCGAGAGGUGGAGGAGGUUGAGAUGUCCGGGAGUCGUCAACGUGAGAGAGGCCUUCACGUCCUGGCGAUGGGCAUCCGAGCCUAGCAUCGUCUUCGUGUACGACUAUCACCCACACGCCGCAACCCUCUUUGCGGAGCAUCUCCUCCCAAAGCCGCCACGCGUCGACGCUCGUACCGGCCGGCUGGAAAGGGUCGACGAUCGCGUCCCGGAGAGGACAUUAUGGAGCUAUUUGGUUCAGCUGGGCGCAGCGCUCCGCUCCAUCCACACACAAGGCUUGGCCGCGAGGGGUUGCCUGGUACCAAGCAAAGUCAUCAAGACUGGCCGCAACAGAGUACGCAUCAAUUGCUGUGCUGUCCGAGACGUACUGGGCUUCGAUCCUGCCCACCCACCCACGGCUGAGGAUCUUAGAGGGGAGCAGAGAGAGGACCUCGUCCAAUUGGGAGCGCUCAUUCUCAGCCUGGGCUGCGUAAACGCUUCUGCGCCGCGCGAGGUGGAAGGGUCGCUGGCCUUCUUGGGUGGGCAGCAGAAGUAUUCGCGGGAGCUCGUGGAGGUGGUCAAGUGGUUGAUGUUUGACGACGAGCAGCUCGAGGGCGGCGAAGAGACGUCCCUUCCUCGCGGCCCGCGAACGGCCGAUGCGCUCGUCACGCUGCUGGCACCACGCAUGGCAGAGGAGCUCUCUUCCGCUCAGAGCCACUCGGAUCUGCUUGAGGAAUCGCUGAGCAAGGAGCUGGAGAAUGGGAGGUUGGUGAGACUGCUUUGCAAGAUGGGCUUCGUCAACGAACGCCCCGAGCACGACCGCGACCCGGCCUGGAGCAAUACAGGUGAACGCUACGUUGUCUCUCUCUUCCGCGACUAUCUCUUCCACUCUGUCGAGGAGAGCUCGAACGGUAGCAAUGGCGGCGGCGUGUCGGGCAGCGGGUCAAGCGGGGCGAAUGGCUUCGCCACCACGUCCUCAUCCAGCUCUAGCUUGCCAACCGCAUCGUCUUCAAGCUCGCUGGCGGGCGGGCCAGGACCUUCACCACCACGUCCCGUAUUGGACUUGUCGCACGUGCUGAGCAACCUCAACCGCCUCGACGCUGCGAGCCGAGAGCGUCUCGUACUCGCCAGUCGGGACGAGCAAAGCUGUCUCGUCGUUAGCUACGCCGAAGUACGCAACGCCCUCGAGGCUGCUUUCGCUGACCUGGCAAGGAGUGCCGUGCCUGCCGUCGGAGGUGGGAUGGGUGAGGGCCCCAGGAGAUGACGUGGGGCACACACGAACGUAUUUGCUGCGGAUUACCAGACCGGACCGAGCGCCACUUGGUGGGCUCUUGUAUCUCAUGCUUGCUCUUGUCGGGGGGAAUGCACAAACUUGCUUAUCCAUUAUCG